AUGAAAUUUAUUGAGAAAGCAGAGGACAAAGCAAAAUCCAUUUCAUCCGCAGAAGCACUAAUUAUUGUAGAAAGAACCAGAAUGGACAGAAGAAUGGAAGGCAAUGAUGCGUUUCAAAGCAUUUUAAAGUAUUUAAGACUCUGCCCAUCCCCAAGAAACCCGUCCUGGGCAGAAAGAGUCAGAAGAACUCUUGUAAGUGGAGGAAUGACAGACUAUGAAGCAUCACUGAUAAUUAAUCUGUCACCAGAAAGACACAUCGAUGCAAAAGCACUAAUACCCUCACUUAAUAGGAUGGAUAAUUAUAGUUUAGAUACACUUCUUAAUAGUAUAAGUGAUAUUCCUACUAACUAG